AUGGCUGAAUUAAAAACGCAAACAAUCAUGAUUAUUGGUAAAACGGGUUCCGGUAAAUCAAGAUUAAUUAAUUUAUUGUUAAAAGCAAAAUCUGCAGAAUGUUACAGGUCAACCAAUUCAAUAACAAAAACUUGUAAAUUAUAUAAAUUUGUAGAUAAUGGCAUUAUUUACGAGCUGAUUGAUACAAUGGGUUUAGCAGAUACAGAAGAGCCACCAGACACUGUUGUUGAUAAAAUUAAAAAUUUUCUGAAAUUAAACGUAAAUGAAAUUCACUGGAUUAUUGUCACUCUUAAUGGUAAUGAAAAAUUAACAAACGAAAAUACUGAAGUAUUAAAUAAUAUUUUGGAAUUUUUACAACUUGAGACAUAUAUCAACCAUGUUGUCUUUUGUGUUGCACACGCAGAUGGAUGGAAUGGUCCAACGAGAGAUAAAUUUAACGAAACUUUAUCGAAUAAUUCCACUUUUAAUCGCUUCACCAGUAAUGGUGCCGCCAAAAUAUUAUAUUCGGGAGCGCCGGAUCCGGAUGAACUAGAAGGCGAUGAUGACAAAGAACAUGCGAAGAAAAAAGAAAUAGCUGUUAGAACAAAUUUAUUGCAGGCUUUACCGCUUAACAGUAACACUAUUGUACAAGAUCAAAUAAAACAAUGGAGAGACGAAGAUAUCAAAAAGAUCAUUGAUACGGAAUUUAUAAAGAAGAAACGUAGAUGUACAAUACUGUAA